CCACUCCCAGGCCCUUCUGGCCAUCUCCGUUUAGCUUCCAUGGCGUCUAGGCGGCGGCGACCCUUCAGUGGCCGGGGCCGAGCUUCUGUGGCGGUAAAUAAAACUGACAGAGUCAGUAAUGACAACACUACUUUGGAAGACCCUCCUGUUGCCAAGAAAACUCGGAUAUGCCAUAAGCAGGAUGUGAAAAAGAAGAAUACUGCUGGGGGAAAAGCCCUUCAUAACAGGGCAGGAGAGGAGCAAGAAUCUGUAAAGACCUUGCUUGUAAAGGGCAAAGCUCCUGUUGACCCAGAGUGUAGAGCAAAGGUGGGGAAGGCUCAUGUGUACUGUGAAGGGGAUGAUGUCUAUGAUGUCAUGCUAAAUCAGACCAAUCUCCAGUUCAACAACAAUAAGUACUAUCUGAUCCAGCUGUUAGAAGAUGAUGACCAGAGGAACUUCAGUGUUUGGAUGAGAUGGGGUCGAGUUGGGAAGCUAGGGCAGCACAGCUUGGUGGCUUGUUCAAGAGACCUCAACAAGGCGAAGGAAAUCUUUCAGAAGAAAUUCCUGGACAAAACUAAAAACAAUUGGGAGGAUCGUGAGAAGUUCGAGAAGGUACCUGGAAAAUAUGAUAUGCUCCAAAUGGACUAUACUACCAGUACACAGAAUGAAGAGGAAACAAAAGCAGAGGAAUCUCUCAGAUCCCCCUUGAAACCAGAGUCACAGCUAGAUCUUCGGGUGCAGGACUUGAUCAAGCUGAUCUGUAACGUCCAGGCCAUGGAAGAGAUGAUGAUAGAAAUGAAAUAUGAUAUUAAGAAAGCCCCACUUGGGAAACUGACAGUUGGACAAAUCAAGGCAGGAUACCAGUCUCUUAAAAAGAUUGAGGAUUGUAUUCGAGCUGGCCAGUGUGGACGAGUGCUCAUGGAAGCAUGCAAUGAAUUCUACACAAGGAUCCCGCAUGACUUUGGACUUCGAACCCCUCCAUUAAUCCAGACAGAGAAAGAACUUUCAGAUAAAGUACAGCUGCUUGAGGCAUUGGGAGACAUUGAAAUUGCCAUCAAAUUGGUGAAGACAGAGAUACAAAGCCAAGAACACCCACUGGAUCAACACUAUAGAAAACUACAUUGUGCCUUGCUCCCUCUAGACCAUGAAAGUUCUGAGUUCAAAGUGAUUUCCCAGUACCUUCAGUCUACCCAUGCUCCCACACACAGCGACUAUACCAUGACCUUGCUGGAUGUUUUUGAAGUUCAGAAGGAGGGUGAGAAAGAAAUCUUCAGAGAGGAUCUUCAUAACAGGAUGCUUCUAUGGCAUGGUUCCAGACUGAGUAACUGGGUGGGAAUCCUGAGCCAUGGACUUCGAAUUGCCCCACCAGAGGCUCCCAUCACAGGUUACAUGUUUGGAAAAGGAAUCUAUUUUGCUGACAUGUCUUCCAAGAGUGCCAAUUACUGCUUUGCUUCUCACCUAAAGAAUAUUGGACUGCUGCUUUUAUCAGAGGUAGCUCUAGGACAAUGUAAUGAGCUACUAGAGGCCAAUCCUGAGGCAGAAGGAUUACUUCAAGGCAAACACAGCACUAAGGGGCUAGGCAAGAUGGCUCCCAGUCCUGCCUGUUCUGUCACCCUGAAUGGAAGUACAGUGCCCUUAGGACCAGCAAGUGACACCGGAAUUCUUAAUCCAGAGGGUUAUACCCUCAACUACAAUGAAUUUAUUGUCUACAACCCCAACCAGGUCCGCAUGCGAUACCUCCUAAAGGUUCAAUUUAAUUUUCUGCAGCUAUGGUGAAUGCUGAUAUUAAAUAAACCAGAGAAUGGUAUUUUUGAAAAAGAAAAU